AUGAUCGUGCCAGAUGGUUUCAUCUCUGACUGCAACCCGUUGACUAUCCAGCGCUCCGACCCCGUUUACUUUCCAGGUACUGAAGGCAUCCACGUCCAUGCCAUCGCAGGCGGCACGGCCUUCCAGCGCACCAUGGGCCCGCGUACGGCGCUGGCUGCAAAGAAUACAACCUGUGGCUUUUCUCAGGACAAGAGCAAUUAUUGGGUUCCCCAGCUUUACUACCAUCUCGAGAACGGUUCGUUUGCGCUUAUGGAAUUUGUUAAUAUGCCUGUCUGGUAUCGUAACCGAGCGUGCGACUACGUCCCAGAUCGUGAGGACUGCGAUGGUGCGAGUCUUCCUCGCGCUCCUCCUGCUGGGCUACGCAUGGUCGCUGGUAACCCGUUCCUACGAACUUAUAACAGCUCUGAUAUCGCUCAGCGCGCGAUUUAUCACGAAUGCAACAUAGAACUACCGUCCGGCAAGAUCACCAAGGUCAAGAGCCACGAGCUUCCUCGACGCAGCUGUGUCGCCCUGAGUUUGAAAGUCUGGAUGCAAUCCUGUUGGGACGGCAAGAACCUCGACAGUGUGGACCAUGUCAGCCACCUCGCCUAUCCUGCUAUCGGCGACUAUGACGGCGGCGUCUGCCCUGAAACUCACCCCGUCGCCAUUGCCACCAUGAUGGUGAGUGCCGGGUUCAACGUCGAGCCUUACCCCGAUUAUGAAAACUGGGUGUAUUCCAUGGGUGAUCCGACCGGAUACGGCCUGCACGCGGAACUCAUCAGUGGCUGGACGGAUGAAGAAGCCAUGCGUCAGGGGCUGGAAACUUGCUCGGGCGUCCUCGGUGUCGCUAACCCAGACUGCACCCUGACUCAGGGCAAGAUGAGCAACCAGCUCUGGUCGGGUGUUGCCCAGGUUCCGGAAGUCCCUGCUCCAAAGGAAGAACUUGGCCAGGACGGUCCUAUUCCGAAGCUCCCUGGCAACAACCCGGUGACCGCUUGA